AUGAAGGAGUGGAAGGUGCAAGGAGUUGAGCACUCCCCUCUUCGAUUCCUCUCCAUUAUGGAGUAUGUGGCAACCCCAGGCCCCAGGCCAGGUGCCCCACUUCAAGUCACAGAGAACGUUGUUCCAGGAACUGAGGAUUGGCUGCCAAGAGUUUCUGGACAGCCCACCUGGGCUACCGGCUUGGAGGGAGAGUAUCAGACAGAUCCAGAGCCGAGUGAGAAGCAGCGGUUGCAGAUUUCCAAGGAGCUGAUUGACCUUCAGAUUGCAACCCAUCGCCUUCGUGAGCAGCAUGAAGCUGAAGUCUUCGAGCUGAAGAGGGAGGUUCUUCGACUGGAAAGUCGGGUGCUAGAGCUAGAACUGCAUGGAAAUGGUGACUGCCGGGGACAUGGAGUCCAACCAGCAGCCAGUCCGGGGCAACACAAGGUGCCACCACAAGAGGUCAGUGGAGAAGCCCAGCACGGGGGGGGGGGGGGUUGGUGGUGGAGGAGUGGGGGGUUCCAGAGUUUGCUGUCUCUCACACAGCCAGCUUUUGUUCACCAGCAGAAGCUGCAGGGAGAGUUGAACUUGGUCCUGGAGCAUCACAGAGUCAGACAGCAGGCACUGGAGACACGAGUGGCAGUCCUAGGCUGGCAGUUGCAGAGAGCCCAAGAGGAAGCCAGGGCAGCUGAUCAGCGGCUGGCUGCCCAAGCAAUGGUGCUGUCAGCCUGUCAGGAUCAGCUCCGGCAGGCUGAAGCUGAGAAUGCUCAGCUGCAAUUGCAGCUGAAGAAGUUGAAUGAGGAGUAUGCUGUCCGGCUGCAGCGCUAUGCCAAAGAGACAGUGGAGACCACCAACAGUACAGGUCAGGCAGCCCUUCAGACGUUCCUGGAGGCCACUCUGCAGGACAUUCGGGCCGCACACCGGAGCAGAGAACAACAGCUGGCCCAAGCGGCCCGGACCUACCGCAAGCGCCUGGCGGAUCUGAGCCGGAGGCAGGAACUGCUACUAUCCACCUGCAGGGCUACUUUUGCAACAGCCAUCAACCUGGAGCCAUCAUCCAUGCACUGGGCCACUGAACUCAGCCACCAAAGGGAGGAAGAGUAUGGCCGAUACAGGACACUGCUACUGUGCCCCGAGAAAGUACCUGGUGCAACUUCUAAGGAAGGAAGGUCACAGCCACUGGCCCGCCAUACUACAUCCUGGUCCCAAAUCCAGCAGAAGUUGCGGGACUUCUCCCAGGACACCCAGGUAGAGCUAGAACGAGAGCGGGCACAGCUGAUGGUCCGGGCCACCAUGGCGGAACAGCAGCUUUCUGAGUUACAGGAGUAUGUGGACCAGCACUUGGGCAGGUACAAGCAGGAAAUCCAGAGACUGAGGAAGCUGGUGAAGACAGGAGAUCCCCAGGGAGUAGAAGCUAUGCCUUCCUCUAGGCCCCGACGCCCAAGGACUCAGAGUCACUAGCUAGCUAGUCUC